AUGAACAUGGUGUGUCUGUUACAGAAAGUGCUUCUCGUGGCAUCUGUCAGACAGGUCAUAUGCCACACUCUCUUGACUCUUUCGACUCUGGAGGAACAGCCAGAAGGAAGUAAGAUAGGCACCCUAAGCAUAGCCUACUCUCCUCCAUACAAGCUGCUUGGGAGAUCGUAUUUGAGAGUUAAUGAGGAAACCGGGGAUGUGUACACAACAGAGCAGAGGAUUGACCGGGAGACCUUGUGUCCAUCCCAGGAGAGUGGGUACUGUACCACUUCAGUUGAUGCCCUAGUGGGUCCUGAACAAGAACUGAUGAAGAUAACUAUUAUUGUGGAGGAUAUAAAUGACAAUGCUCCUUAUUUUGAAAGAAAUGAAAUUCAUUUAAGAAUUCCAGAGGAUGCAAGCGUCGGAACAAGAGUGCUGUUGGAUGAUAAGGCUCAGGACAAGGACUUAGGCAGCAACGCAGAAAUCAUUUAUCAUUUAGAAGGCUCUGAAGGAUUCUUUAGUGUGGCACAGGACAGUUCUACCCUUGAGCUGAUUGUUGAAAGAGAGCUGGACCGUGAAACUCAAAACGAGCACUGCAUGGUUCUUGUUGCUGUGGACAGUGGCUCUGUGCCUCUGAGUACUAUGGUGUCUUUCAUUGUUACGGUGCUAGAUGUAGACGAUCAGUGCCCGCGGUUCAGCCCUGAUAACCCUCGCACUGUAUCAGUGCCAGGAGGAGCAACCCGGGGAACAACAGUGACCCAAGUUCAAGCCAUAGACCCAGACCUGGGCAGCAACAGUCAGAUCACUUACUCCUUCAGUCCCCAGAUCUCACAUCGAGCCAAGGAACUUUUCCACUUGGACAGACACACCGGCAGGAUCAGUAUAGAUAUGAAUAUGAGGUUAGACAGCUUGGAGGAACAUGUGUUAAAAGUGGUUGUGAAUAGCCCACCUUGCCCUGUUGAGCAAACUCAGGUAACUGUAUAUCUGCAGCCAGUAUUGAGCCUGAAGCCAACUGUCGAGAUCAAGUAUGUAGCACAGUAUAGAAACCAAACUAUAAUAUUACGGGAGAAUGAGCCACCAACUCUCUUGGCUCUUUUGAAGCUAAGAGACAUCUCAAGUGUCCAAAAGGUUCUGUCCUUAGAGGAAGACAGCACCGCAUUCACUUUGAAAGCGCAAGCAGGCAACUAUCUACUUUCAACCUCAAAACCACUAGACUUUGAGCUGUGUAGCAAAUAUCUUGUUACUGUUGUUAUAAGUGAAGCCCAAGGAAAACAUGUGCAUGCAAGGAAAGAGAUAAAUGUGGUAGUUGAAGAUGUGAAUGAUAAUACCCCACAGUUUGAGGAGACUUACUAUCAGGUGGAGAUAGAGGAAAACAAUAAGCCUGGCAUCUCUUUAGUGCAAGUCAGUGCAAGUGAUGCAGAUAGCCAGUUCUUUGGCAAAGUGUCAUACAGGCUGAUUCAUAAUACUCCUGCUAUCUUUAAUAUUGAUGAAGUGACAGGUGUAGUGUCUGUUUUAAAGCCUUUGGACAGAGAGCAACAGGGAGAAUACAUUCUCACAGUGCUGGCCAGGGACGAUGGCUCUCCUCCAUUAGAGGCCUUUUCAUCUGUGUCCGUAAAGGUCCUAGAUCAGAAUGAUAACCAGCCAACCUUUGUCACACCACAUUUCAUCUUCUUCAUCUCUGAAGGUAUUCCACGCUUAGCCCAGGUUGGAAAGAUUGGAAUUAUAGAUGCAGAUGAGGGGGAUAAUGGAAAAGUGGUGGAAGUACAAGUACUAGACAAGCAUGUUCCCUUCGCCAUGGACCUGUCCCAGUCAGUACUUUGUUGUACAGGUGAGGUGGACCGGGAGAAACAUGAACAUUAUGAACUGCUCCUGCUGGCUAUAGAUGGUGGCAGUCCUCGGCGCUCCUCCACUGCAUCUGUAACUGUUUUUGUGGAGGAUGUAAAUGAUAACCAGCCCCAGGUGCUCCUGCCAAGCAGCAACCUCUCCUGUUUGACCAUAUCCCCCAGCAUCAGGGCUGGCAGCAUCAUCACCAAAAUUUAUGCUAUUGACCAUGACUCAGGCAUGAAUUCAGAUAUUACUUACCACAUUAUAGCUAGGGAGCCAAUCAAUCCCAGCCCAUUUCAGAUUGACCCACACUCAGGGAACAUCACGCUGGUGCAGCAGCUUGUGGGCAGAAACUACGGUAUGCAUCACCUCUUAAUCAGAGUCAGUGAUGGAGGAAAGCCUGCACCUCUUCAGGCUACUGUAUGGGUUAAUGUGUUGGUCAGUGAGAUAUCUAAGCAGUGCCACCUGACCACUGUUCCAUCAUAUUUUCCCCCAGCCUCAGAGGCCCCAUUGCCACCAAAACCUUAUAACUUGACAGAGCAUUGUACAGAACUGCCUUGGCUCCUAUUGCUCUGUGGUCUGGGCAUGAUGGUGUUCUCAGUAUGUGUGUUUCUGGGCACUGUCAUAAUUUGCAUGAGACAAAAGCAAUUGAUGCAAAAAAGAACUCAUAAGAGAGAUCACACAAAAGAACAUGAAGUGAAGCAUUUAAAUUAA